AUGCCGGUUAGAUCUAAGAGAAGAACGACUCGACACUUACCAGCAGAGAUUCUGCUUCUGAUUUUCUCGCAUUUUAUACCGCAUGACAUUGAUCCUGUAGGCCUCGCUAAAAAAAGAGAUGGCCCUCUAACUUUGGCAGCCCUCGCCCGCUGCUCAAAGUGGUUCUAUCGCAUCGCUACACCCAUCCUAUAUAGUACAAUAUACGUCCACCGUACGUCUUCAUGCGAUGCACUAAUCAGAACAUUCUCGAGGCAACUGGAUCUGCGUAGACUUACCCAUAGUCUCACGGUAAUAUUUUCCGACUUUGGAAAGUAUCCAGCUCAUUACCCCAACAUAGCAAAAAAGGUGAUCCGGGACCCAGCGCGAAAGUUUAAUCUACCACCUAGAUUAAGACAACGGAUAAUAAGCAAGCGCAAGUAUUACUCAUUAGAUUCACAGGUUGCGUUUUUGCUUUCUUUUCUACCGAAUCUGAAAGAGUUGCUGCUAGUUCUACCCAGUGUAUUAAAGGGGGUGGUGGAUAUCCUUGAGUAUAUCACGCGUAACCGUAACACUAGCUCUGAACCCCAUGAGCCAGUUAUAGCCCCUGACGAGGAGUCGUCCAUCAUUCAGCUUCUACCCAGAGGCCACUUCGCCAAACUACAAACCGUACGCAUAUGCAGUUACGGAAUAGUUCCGCCGGACCAGUACCGUAACUUAGGCGAGCGACUCGUGUCAGCCAUACUCAGGCUUCCCCAGAUUACCACAUUUUCCCUUAAGAGAGUCGGAAUAUUAAGCAGUCAGUUGAAGCUUGACAACAUCCCCAAGACCCUUGGCCUCCAGCAUUUGGAGCUUGAUUCGAAUCGGAAGGAUGGCCAAGUAUUAGUGGAUCUACUUUCUCAAUGCCUUAGGCUCCGUUCCUUCAAACUAAUAAUACACUACGACGGGCCCUAUGGAUGGCGAGACCCUGUACCGUUAGGGGCAGUAGGCAAUAUUCUAAGACGCAAUUUAACCGAUAGUCUUGAGACAUUAACCAUCAAAAUUUUUAGUUCAUUUUACAGCGGUAUUAUCGGGCCCCUCCGAGGACUUAAAAAAUUGAGGACGCUCUGGAUCCCUCUGGAGCUUGUAGUCGGCAGUGUCGACUCUUGGGAUCUCAACCAAUGCCUACCGGAUUCGUUAGAGUUUAUUUACUUCGGAGUGGCUGACACCAAAACAGAUAACGGCCGUCUUGGGAGGCUUGGCCAUUUGCACAAUGAAGUCGUUCGCAUAAUCUUGAUGGAGACGCGGCCUAAUCUCAGGAGAGUGCGCGUCGACCCGGUUUGCAGUGCGUGGAAAACUCAUGGGCCAGUAGAUUAUGCAAGAAAUAUUGAGCGGCCUGGUUGGAACGUUGCAUGGAUGGAAUCCAAGUUAGGCCUUGGAAAUCUGGUGGAUCCGUGGCCUGAGAUGCUUGAAGUUGCAGAUGCACACAGGCGAGAGUCCGCUUUCACGGAGCGUCGUUUCUUACUCAAGCAUGGUUACAUAUAG